AUGUCUUGUCUCGUGCUGGAGUAUUGUGGAGAAAGCGUCGUCGAGAGUUUUGGAGACCUGUCUCUAGACAUCCGAGGCCAGAUCAUCAAUGCCUUCUUUAGCAUCCAUCGCGCUGGUGUAGAGCAUAAUGAUGCGGCCGAACGUAACAUCGUAUGGGACGGCAAACAUGUUUAUAUUGUUGAUUUUGCGGACGCUAGCGAAGACCACGCAUGCGCCGCUAAACCUCCGAUCCUCAAUACUGUGGCCGUUCAUGCAGCAGAGUUUGGCUGCUCAGAAUUAUGGGACUUGCUUACGGAGCUCAGGCUUUGGCACCCCUCGGAGGUAUGGUAUGCUGGCCAAGCCCUUCCAAUGCAGAUUAUCUACACCCCUGCCGAGUUCCUCAGGUAUAAGCCCUCCUAUUGGACGAAGGAGGAAGCAAUAAAACAGGCUUGGGAUGUUAUCAAAGAAUACACGAAGGUCUACAUGCCCGCGGCUUACCAACGAAUCAUCGACGACGAGUUAAAGACCGAACAGGAAAAACAGAAGAGAAAUGCAGAGUCGGCUGUCGCGCGGCAACAAGACGGACGGACAUCUAGCCGUAAGGCCACAAACUCUGGCGUUGAUACUUCGGUGCUCCGCAAAAGCGGCUUAUCGGGAGGAUGUGCUCCAUCUGGCACUUGCCACGCCUCCUCAAGCAAACGUUCAGCGGCCGAGGAGGAUGGCGACGCCGCCUCAACGCGAGCGGCAAACCGACGAAAGACGGCCUCCGUCGACACAUCACCUCCCGAAUCCCCUGUGACAGCGAAGAAAAGGCCUGGUUCCCGAGGAGGGGGAUAUAAAAAGACGUCCCCAAAUUAUGUUCGAGCGGUGCCUGCCGUUAGUGUGAUUACGGCGGGCGGCCCCUCUUCUGGUACUCGCAGCAGAAAGAAAGGAACGUCUCCGUCGAGAUGA